GCUGCCCAUGGCUCUGCAGCCCAUAAAAGCUGGGCAUUGAGCAAGGCUACAUGCUGGGUUCCUUUCCUGACUUCUGCCCAGUGGCCUCCCCAGGAGCGCAGUGGCCAUGGCACAGUGGCUUCUGCUCAUUGUGGUCCUUCUGGUUCUGGGUCAUGUGCCACCAGGAAGCACGGAAUUCAAGCGGUGCUGGAAUGGCCAAGGGGCCUGCCGAACUUACUGCACGAGGCAGGAGUCCUUCAUGCACCUGUGUCCGGAUGCCUCCCUGUGCUGCCUUUCCUACUCAUUAAAGCCUCCACCACGGCCCAAGAUUGACGAAGAGUAGCUCACCCUGGGGCUGGCACCCUUGCUCCCCAAUAAAAUCCAUGCCGU